AUGGACGCCAGAGUUAUCUCUAGAGGGUUUCGACACAGUAAUCUCCUUUCCGUGACAAACGAGUCUUGCGGGCCGAUCAUGAAUCGGGAUCCUAUCCAAAUUCCGUUUCCAGUGCAUGAAUUCGAGAAGUUUCUUUUUGCUAUCGCAAUGAUGAAACAUGAGCGCGACCUAGGAGUGUUCGACCCUAGCGAUCUGUGUACAAUACUAAAGCUUGCCGACUACUUCGAAUCCCUGAAUCUGAUGCAGCGUGUCUUCUCACAGAUUAAUGCACAUCUAAAAGGGAAGACUCCUUCGGAAAUAUGUGAGGCUUUCAACAUUCGCAGCGAUUUCAAUCAUUCUCAAACAAAUCAGAUGAAACGGGAGGGUUUGUGGCACUUCAACACCUCAUCUUAG